AGCAGGCUCGCUGCUGGGCGUCGCUGUCAAGCUCCCAAGAGAGCCUCUCCCCGCUCGGCCACCGCCAAUUUCGCCUCAGUCUCUUCCACCUCUGGAGAGUUUUCCUCGCCCGAAGAAUGGAAAGAAUGUGCCCAGACUUUGCCUGCCCUUCUUCUCCCCGCUAAGAAAGAAGGAACAAAAUCAAAGAAAGCGAGCUGCCGAGGGCAACGCGAGUGGCGGCGAGGGCUACGACUUGAGGGAAGUCUCUCGCCUCCCUGUCCCGCUAUCCCCGGGAAGCAAGGCGCUUCGGGCGCGCUCAGUCCUCCUUCGGAGCCAAGUCUCGUCGCCUCGUCUGAGGAACUCGGGGCAAGGUCGGCACGGGCCAAUCAAGGCGGGCCCUUCAGGAUGCUCUUGAUGAGCUGCUCCAUAUCCUACCUCCUCCUCCUGCUACCAUUUAGCUCCUGGAUGCAGAAACUACCUACUAGAGAUGAAGAACUUUUUCAGAUGCAGAUCCAGGACAAAACCUUUUUUCAUGAUUCUUCAGUACUCCCUGAUGGAGCAGAGAUCAGUAGCUAUCUCUUCAGAGGAACACCCAAAAGGUUUUUUUUCGUGGUAGAGGAAGAUAAUACACCGUUAGCAGUUACAGUAACUCCUUGUGAUGCACCUUUGGAGUGGAAGCUGAGUUUGCAAGACCUCCCUGAAGAAUCGAGUGGAGAAGGCUCAGGUGAACCAGAGCCACUCGAACAGCAGAAACAGCAGAUUAUUAGUGAAGAAGGCACAGAGCUGUUUUCAUAUAGAGGAAAUGAUGUUGAGUAUUUUGUAUCCUCUACUUCACCUUCUGGGUUAUACCAGUUAGAACUCUGGUCAACAGAAAAGGAUACAAACUUUAAAGUCUAUGCUAGUACAACUCCAGAGUCAGAUCAGCCAUAUCCUGAACUACCUUAUGAUCCAAGGGUUGAUGUCACUUCUCUUAGCCGUACAACUGUCAGUUUGGCAUGGAAACCUAGCCCUACAGCUUCAGUAUUGAAACAGCCAAUACAGUAUUGUGUGGUCAUUAAUAAAGAACACAAUUUCAAAAGCCUCUGUGCUGUUGAGACUAAACAGAGUGCUGAUGAUACAUUUAUGAGGGCUCCUAAACCUGGUAUGGAUUUUAGCCCCUUUGAUUUUGCCCAUUUUGGAUUUUCUUCCAACAGUAAUUCUGGGAAAGAACGCAGUUUCUUAAAACCAACAUCAAAGCUUUAUUCAAAGCUUUAUUCAAAGCCUAAGACUGACCUUGAAAAGAUAUGUAUUGGAAACAAGAACAUAUUUACUGUAUCUGAACUGAAACCUGGUACGCAGUACUAUUUUGACAUAUUUGCUGUAAAUGUGAACACAAAUAUGAGUACUGCCUAUGUUGGUACUUUUGCAAGAACUAAAGAAGAGGCCAAACAGAAGACAGUUGAUUUAAAAGAUGGGAAGGUUACAGAUGUGUUUGUCAAGAGAAAAGGCUCCAAAUUUUUGCGGUUUGCUCCUGUUUCAUCACAUCAGAAAGUUACAUUUUUUGUUCACUCAUGUCUCAAUGCCAUACAAAUCCAAGUCAAAAGAGAUGGAAAACUUCUAUUGUCUCAAAAUGUUGAAGGUGUUCAUCAGUUUCAACUUAGGGGAAAGCCAAAAGCUAAAUACCUCAUUCGACUGAAAGGAAAUAAGAAAGGGGCUUCUGUAUUGAAGUUUUUGGCUACAACAAGGCCUAAUAAGCAGUCAUUUCCAUCUCUUCCUGAAGAUACAAGAAUUAAAGCCUUUGAUAAACUUCGCACAUGCUCCUCAGUCACAGUGGCAUGGCUAGGUACUCAAGAAAGAAACAAGUUUUGCAUCUACAAGAAAGAAGUAGGUGAUGAUUAUAAUGAGGAGAAAAAGAAAAGAGAACAAAAUCAGUGUCUGGGACCAGACUUGAGGAAAAAAUCAGAAAAAGUCCUCUGUAAGUAUUUUCACAGUCAAAACCUACAAAAAGCAGUUACCACAGAGACAAUUAAAGGUUUAAAGCCUGGCAAGUCCUACCUUCUAGAUGUUUAUGUCAUAGGACAUGGAGGGUACUCUGUCAAAUAUCAAAGCAAAUUGGUGAAAACAAGAAAAUUCUGUUAGGGAUCUUUUACAUAAAAAUCAGAAUGUUACUAGAUGGACUAACUACUUAUACAGAAUAAAAGUUGUGAACUGUAUUGGUACUAUGUAUAGAAGAUAUUAACAUCUAUAUUUAUGUUUACAGAAGUAAUUAAAAAGACUGAGACUAGUGCUCUUCGUUGGUAUCUGACGGUUGCAUUAUCGUGCAUCUGGUGGUCUAUGUUUGAUGAUCAGUAGAUAACCAAGAUAGCAGGGAAUAUAAAAGAACCUGCCCUUUUUUGCUUCCAUAUUGCAUGAAGUGCUUCUAAAUUAUUUUAUUGUAUCAAAGGCUAAAACAAAUCAUUCAAUGCUGUAUUAGUCAUAUGCAAAGGCAAGAAACAAAACUUCCACCCAAUCUCUUUUCAUAGACUAAGGUUUAUGUAAAUUAUUUUUACAGUCUUGUUUAAUAUGUCUAUGUUUCCACGUUGUAAACUAUGAAAAAUCUUUUCCUGUUAAAAGCAUAGAUCUAAAUUAAGUAUUAACUGGACUCUCCAGUUUUAUUGUUAAUAUAAGAUCCUAUCUGGUUAAUUUUAAGUGCUUAAAAAGUUUAUGUAUUUCAUGUACAAAAUUGUCGUCAUUAUAUUCCUGUAUAUAAAAUUAAAUAUUAGAUUAUACAUUCCUAU